UCUUGUAGACUCCUGACUCAGCCUUGUUAGACGUAAGAUAUAUUUUCUGAUUCAUAUUAAGAAACUCAUGGUAGUCAAGCCAACUUUCUUUUAACUGUAACUCAUUUUCUUUCUAAUGUUUGAUGGUAUGAGGUACUUACAUAAAGUUACGUAUGUAUAUUGAAAGUGUGAACUAUAUUGUGUAUGAAAGUCAAAUUUAUCAUUAACUGAUGAAAGGGAAAGUUUGUAUGUUUACUCAUUUUAUAAGUAGAAACAGGAUUAAAAGUUCCUGUACCUAGCAUUAUUCAAUGGAGAAGAAGACAAGAGAUUUUCCAGUAGCUGACUAUCCCAUAAAGAAGAGGUGUUGAAAAAUUCCAAUCUGAUACAGUGAAAAGCUUGAGUGCUGCAGUGGUGCCUUAUGGAGAAAACACGAAUGGAGUGAAAAUAUCUGGAGAUCUUUCUGCAUACUUGGACACAGUUUCUGACAGCAUUAAACUACAGGUUGGAAUUGUAUUUAAGAAUCAGUUCUGGUGGCAAACCUCAGGAUAUCAGAUAAAGACAGGAGUUAUUCUUGUCUCAAUAGCUGCUGAAAACAACAUCAUUAUUUCAGCUGAGCUACCAUCACCCAUUCAUAUAUACUUUGAAACAAGUGAAUCACAAGAGGGAGAUAGUACUUUAUCUGGAAAUUUGGACAUGUCUGUCAACUGGAAUCAUGACGAUACUCUUGAAGAAAACAUCAUAAUGCAUCGGGUGGAAGUAAAGAGUGGAAUGGCAUUAAUGCUUGUAUUUGCACCAUUCAGUGAUUCAAAGUGCAAGAUCAAGGUUGUAAUUCAUCUGGGAAAACGUCCGUCAGCAAGAGAAUUUAAGAAAAAUUUUAUAGUUAUUCCUACUCACAAUUAUGAAGAAAAAUCCAUAAUUUUGUCACAAGAAGUAUCUACUGAAGAUGACCUAUGGUUUUAUAUUGGAAUUGUCCCUCAUGAACACAUGGUCAAGGCAUUCAAUGGAGUUUCUGUGAUGAUAGACUAUUCUUUCAGUUUAUAUGCACUAAGAUGUCAGCAUUGGAAAGAUGAUAUUUAUGAAUGGUCAUUUAAUAGAUGCCAAAUUGGACAUGAAACAACUACAACAAAAAUGCACUGUUCAUGCAAUCAUUCUUCCAUAUUCAGUGGCAUUUCUUUUAUUCCUCCUAACAAAAUUGAUGCAUUUUAUAAUCUGUCAUUAAUUAUUGCACUUUAUGAGAAUCCACUUGUUCUAGUGACAGUUGGUUUAAUGUUCAUUCUCUUCCUUAUAACACUUCUAUGGGCUAGGAGACGAGAUGUGAAAGACCUGAUGUGUAGGCAAAUAAUACUACUUGAAGAUAAUUUACCAGAUGACAAAUACUUUUACUUGAUUAUGGUACAUACGGGAUACAAAUGGGAUGCCGGUACAUCAUCUAAUGUUGGUAUCCAACUAAUUGGACACAAAUACAAGAGUAUGGUAAAGAAAAAUUUCUUCCUCAACUUACAGUAUGAUGUUUCACACUGAUUAUAUUAGUAUAAAGUCACACAUCUAGCGGUGACAGGAGAACACACAUACGAAGGUGUUGAAAUCUGAAAGCUUUUUGAGUCAGAACCUCCUUCAUCUGGCAGAAGAGUUGAAGGGAAAGGAAUAGGGGUGAAGGGAAUUGACUGGUGAGCUUUAGGAAACAGGGAGGGUUUGGAAAAGUCAACCUGAACCCUGGGUCAGGUGAGACUUUCUGGAUGAGGUGAGAAGGAUGGACUGAUUGUUGGGGAUUCCACCAGACAAGAUUUGAAAACCUGAGAGCUCAAAAGUGGAAGACAGGGUAACAGUAAUACACAAGAUUCCAAAGGGUUUACAAUUUAUCUUGAUAAAUGAAUUUGUAUUAGUUUAUUAUUAUUAUUGUUAUUGACAGAACAUUGUGCACGAGUUAGUAAG